CGAGCCGAGCUGCCCCCAGGGAUCGGGAGUGUGCGCUGAGCGGAGCCGGCUGCCAGGCCCUGCCUCGGGGGUCUUUGUGAGCGCGGGGCCGGCGAUUCUCUUGGCAGUUCUGCCUUCUGAGCCCUCUGCCCUUCUCCAGGGUGGGAAUGGCCCCUGUAUACCUGACAGCGCCAGGCUGCAAAGUCCAAAAGGAAUCAGUAACAUUUAAGGACGUGACUGUGCAUUUUACGCAGGAAGAGUGGGGAAACCUGGACCCUUCUCAGAAGGAGUUGUACAAGGAUGUGAUGUUAGAGAAUUACAAGAACCUUGUCUUCCUAGGACUUACAGUUUGGAAACCAGAUGUGAUCUCCCAUUUGGAAGAAGGAGAAACUCCUUGGAUACAGGACCCAGAGGUACUUUGGAGCACCUCUCCAGAUUGGGUGACUAGGCCUGGAACUAAGCAGUUAACAGAGAAAAGACUUAGAAGGGAUGGUUCCUAUGUCUUUAAAUUGGGAGAAGCAUUGAAAUAUUAUGUCAGUUUGGAGAAGCAGGAGCAGAACCGUGAGGAGAAACAUUCUAGAAUUCCUAUUGGAGAAAAUCUCCAUAAAAGUCAUGAAUAUACCAAGGCCUUCUGGAAUACACACAUGGUCGAUCAUCAAACAAUUCACAGUAGAGAGAAGCCUUAUGAAUGUAAUUAUUGUGGAAAGGCCUUCCGUUCCAGCUCAUACCUUAUUCAACAUCAGAGAACUCAUACUGGGGAGAAACCUUAUGAAUGCAGUGAUUGUGGAAAAACCUUCCGCUGGAGCUCACAGUUUACUCAACAUCAAAGACUGCAUAGUGGAGUGAAACUUUAUAAAUGUAAUGAUUGUGGGAAGGUAUUCCCGAAUAGGACAUACCUUACUGAACAUCAGAGAAUUCAUACUGGAGAGAAGCCUUUUGAAUGUAAUGAUUGUGGGAGGACCUUCCGAUGGAGCUCACAGUUUACUCAACAUCAGAGACUGCAUACUGGCGUGAAACUUUUUAAAUGUGAUGAUUGUGGCAAAGUAUUCCCCAAUAAGACAUACCUUAGUGAGCAUCAGAGAAUUCACACUGGAGAGAAACCUUAUGAAUGUAAUGACUGUGGGAAGACCUUCCGAUGGAGUUCACAGUUAACUCUUCAUCAGAGAACUCAUACUGGAGAGAAACCUUAUAAAUGUAAUAAUUGUGAAAGGGCCUUCCGUAGCAAAUUACACCUUACUCGACAUCAAAGACUUCAUACUGGAGAGAAACCUUACGAGUGUCAUGAAUGUGGUGAGUCUUUCCGGUGGAGCUCACAGUUGACUGUACAUCGGAAAAUUCAUACUGGAGAUGCUCCUUACAAAUGUGAUGAUUGUGGGAAGGUCUUCUGCUGGAGCUCACAGUUUAUUGAACACCAAAGAAUCCAUACUGGAGAAAAACCCUACAAGUGUAACGACUGUGGAAAGGCCUUUGGCUGGCUCUCACAAUUUACUAGACAUCUAAGAAUACAUACAGGAGAGAAAACUUACAAAUGUUAUGAAUGUGGAAAGACCUUCCUUGACAGCACAUAUCUUACUGAACAUCAGAGAAUUCAUACUGGAGAGAAGCCUUAUGAAUGCAAUGAUUGUGGAAAGGUCUUCCACUGGAGUUCAUACCUUACUCAACAUCAGAAAACUCAUACUGGAGAGAAGCCUUAUAAAUGUAAUGAAUGUGGAAAGAACUUCUGCUGGAGGUCACAGUUUACUCAACAUCAGAGACAGCAUACUGGAUUAAAGUUAUAUAAGUGUAAUGAUUGUGGGAAAUCCUUCCUUAACAAGACAUACCUUACUCAACAUAGGAGGACUCAUACCAGAGAGAAGCCUUAUAAGUGUAAUGAGUGUGGAAAAAACUUUCGCUGGAGCUCACAAUUUACUCAACAUCAGAGACUGCAUACUGGAGUAAAACUGUAUCCAUGUAAUGAUUGUGGGAAGUCAUUCCUUAGUAACACAUACCUUACUCAACAUAAGAGGACUCAUACAAGAGAGAAGCCUUAUAAGUGUAAUGAUUGUGGGAGGACCUUCCGAUGGAGCUCACAGUUUACUCAGCAUCAAAGACUGCAUACUGGAGUGAAACUUUUUAAAUGUGAUGAUUGUGGAAAGGUAUUCCCCAAUAAGACAUACCUUAGUGAACAUCAGAGAAUUCAUACUGGAGAGAAGCCUUUUGAAUGUAGUGAUUGUGGGAGGGCCUUCCGAUGGAGUUCACAGUUAACUAUACAUCAGAGAACUCAUACUGGAGAGAAGCCUUAUAAAUGUAACAGUUGUGAGAAAGCUUUCCGUUGCAAAUUAAACCUUAAUAGACAUCAGAGAAUUCAUGCUGGAAAAAAAUAAGUGUAAUAAUUGUCAGUGGCCUUUGGCUAACUCUCUCAACUUACAUGACAUCUGUGAAUUCAUACAGGAGGAAAAAUACCUAUCUAUGUUACAAAUACAGAAAGACUUGCCUCAACCACAUAUAUUACUGAAUUAUUAGAGAAUUCUACUGGAGAGAAGCCUUCUGAAUGUAACAAUUGUGAAAACACCUUACAUACCAACCCACAUGUUACUGGACAUAAGAGACUCCAAAUUGGAAAGAAACUUCAUGAAUGUAGGAACAUUUUCCACUGGAGCUCACAGUUUACACAGUAUCAGAGAAUACAAGCUCUUAUGAAAGUUGUACUUGAGAAUUUUUUCUCAAGUGACAACUGAACAUCAGAGAAUGUAUACUGCAGAGAAACAUUAUGAACAUAGAAAGGCUUUUCAUGAAAAGUGAGCUCUUCCUCAACAUCAGUUAACUCAUACUGGAGAGAAACCCUAUAAAUAUAGUGAAUGUGGAAAGAUCUUUGAGAGCAGAGCUGUUACUCAAAGUCAGUGCUCAUAUCGGAAAAAACUUAUGGAGAUAGAAACUUGUGAAUGUAAUUGAGAAGACUUUCAGCUAGUUGAGCUGAGUCUGAAAGGAAAUCAGGAAUUGAAUGAGGAGAUUUAAGAUUAGAGGGCAAUUCAAGUAUGGGGUUCAGAGUGUUCAAAGACAGAGUUGUAAGCUGCAUCGAUAUCAUAUCGAGAUUCUCUGGAACCAUUUCUCCUCAAAACCUCCACCCCCAACUUUGCUAUGUAGAUUAGGACAGGUCUUGCCCUGAAAGGCAAGGCAGCUUUCCCCAAGACUUAAUUGGCAAGUAGGUUAAGGCUCAAGCUGUCUGGCUGUUGAUGCAUCUUCUUUAAGUUAUGUUAAGAUAGCUUCCUAGUCAUAUAAGAACAUAAAAAAGCUAGACUCCCAAUUCUUGGGGAUUUAGCACAUUCUCCCCUGCUCACCAGAUUUGUUUCCAUAUGUAGAAGAAAGGUGGCCUGUCUAUCCAAGCUAAGUGUUGCACCCUUAUUGAGUAUCUUUCUUAUGCUAUGGCUAAGUAAAUCUUUUAACCAUUGAAUGAGAAUGAGUGUCUCAUUCCUUUAUAAUAUUUGACUUAAACUAGUGGACCAGCUUGAGGCAGGCCUAGUCCACAACAUUCCAUUUAUCUGGAUCAAAGUGCCUGGAGAGGAAUAAUGUGUGAGUACACUAGAGAUAAGAAGGGCCCUGAGUGUAAAGAAUUUUCAAUGACGGAGAUGGUUAUAUUCUAGAGCAGGG